AUGAGGCUCGAGGUCAGAGCGUCGAAGGAAGCUGUCGACGCGGAGCUCAGGCAGCGUGCCAACAGCUGCGUCGAAGGCCUCGACCUCGCUUUCGAUUCGGUCGCCCUGGACCUCAAGGUCCACGGCGGCAAUGGCUCCAGCUCCGCCCAGAGCGUCGCCAGGCACGCCUCCCAGAAGGACUCGUUUUCCAGGAGGGACGUGGGUGACGACUGGAGCUACUGCGAAGAGCUGCCCGCUGUUGCCGCCGGCGGACUGGCGGGGGGCGAGGCCACCCGGCCCGCCACCGUCCGCGGAGAUGCAGGUGCGCAACGACAGGAGGCGGAGCUCAAUGCAGAGAUCCUCGCCUUGAUGCGCGCAGGGGUGCCUGCGAAGGAGACGGGCCCGUUGACUUCCGGCUUCGAGGAGGCGCAGCAGGCGAUCGCAGCGAACAAGGCCAAGAACAAGGACGAGAAGCGGGUCAAGGACAGGCGCAAGAGGGCCGGGGAUGCCUUGAGCUCAAGGGCGACGUCUUGCUCCCGCGCAAAGAAGAAGGUAAAGAAGUCCAAGCAGGACAAGAAGGCCAAGAACGAGGGCAAGGGCAAGAGCUCUCGCAGGUCGCCGUCGGAGUCGGCGGAGAAGCGCUCCCAGUCGGACAAACUGGGCGUGCCCAUCGCCCGUGUCCAGAUGUGGAGGUGCGAGACGUGCAGGUACGUGAACUUCGGUUCCAGGGAGACUCGCUGGAGGUGUAGUGCCCCGCCCCCACCCGAGGUCAAGAGGCCCCAGGUCCUGCGCACCGCGGAGCUGAAGGCAGCGGCGACCGGCGAUGGCACCCAGCAGCACAUCAUUGGCAUGCGGCAGGGGUCCCAGGUGGUCAAGAUAUUUGACUUCCUCGGCGACGCCACGCCUGGCGCCGGCAGCAUCGACAAGAGCGGCAUCAUCAGCACCGAGGGCAUCGGCCAGCACGAGGAGCAGGUCAAGGACAGCAACGGCAAGGACGUGGAGAUUGGCAUCGCGGAAAAGAAGCUCGAAGCUCGCGACCUCGUCGCCGGCGCGAACGAGCCCGGCAUCGUCAAGGAAGUGUCGCUCAGCAGCGAGGGUUUGAAGCACGCGGCGAUGGGCUUCGGCGCUAGCGACGCGAUGGACGGCAUCGGUUUCCCCGAGGAUGCUUUGCAGAAGACCCGAGGCCGAAUCCCCGGGGAGCUGGAGGUCGGCCCCGCCGCGCCGGCGAAGGAGCGCCCGCGCCGGGCCACCGAAGCCGCCGGCAAGAAGGCGAAGAAGGGGCGCGUGAAGCUCCACAUUGGCGACGAGGACACCGAGUCCGGCACGCAGAGCAGCAUCGAGCGCCCCUGCGCCGAAUGCACGACCCUCGGCGUGGACCCCGCGGCGGCGCUGGAGGGCGCGACGGGCGUCGGCGACGAGGACAAGCAGCUGCAGUUUGGCUGCGAGGCCCAGUCUGGGCGGCUACAGGAGGAGGCCCGCGGAGUCGGCGCGGCGCACUCUUCCGAAAUCUCCGACAUGCAGGAGGCCGUCAAGACGUUGAAGGACCUGCUCUCCAGGCUGGAGGGCUGA